AGUUGAGUUUGGAGCAAUGGAAUUUCAUCUGAAGAGAAGAUUGACGACUCGACUUUGUUGACGUACCACUAUUUUGAAAAACAAAAAAACGGAAGUGGUUGCCUUUUCGCGCAUGGGCAACGAGGCGGCAAAGACUUUGGCGCCGACCAAGAUGGCGGACUGAGCUGCUCUGGCUCUCCGGUUGAGUUUGGAGCAAUGGCGUGAAGAUUGAAGACGUGCUAGAAGAUGGACGACUACUGCUAUGCUAAGAUGGCGACGUCAUGUCAAAGAGAAAGUGAAAGAGAAUCAGCGCCACCAACUUCCAGCAAGUCACCAACGGAGAUAAAGAUAAAAACCGAAGAUGAAGACAUCCAGCAGCUGAUUAGUUAUCCAGAGCUACGUCCCACUGAGUCCUGGGCAGGGCGCUGGACUCUGAAGCAGGAGGAUGCACAGCCCCCCCGCAUCAAAAAGGAAGAGGAGGAACUCUGGAUCUCUCAGGAGGGAGAGUGUCUUCUAAGGCCGGAGGAAGCUAAACUCACCAAGUUUCCACUGACUGUUGUCUCGGUGAAGACUGAAGAUGAUGAAGACAACCAACAGCUGAGUAGUCAUCAAGAAGAACUUCCCUCUCAGCUGCAGUGGGUUGAUUCUAACCUGAAGCAAGAGGAUCCACAGUCACCCCAAAUUAAAGAGGAAGAAGAGCAUCUCUGGAUCACUCGAGAGGGAGGGUGUCUUCUAGGAACGCAGGAAGCUGAUUUCAAUAAGUUGCCACUGACUGUUGUCUCUGUGAAGAUUGAAGAUGAUGAAGAGAAACCACUAAUUGGUCAUCCAGAAGAACUUCCACCUCAGCUGCAGAUUGAGGGCCCCACUUUGAAGCAAGAGCACCCCUGGCCCCUCCACUUUAAAGAGAAAAAGAAGGAAUUCUGCAUAAUUCAGGAAGCUGGUCUCACCAAGUCACGACUGACUGUCUCUGGGAAGACUGAGGAUGAUGAAGAGAAACCACCUGGGACCUUUCGUUGGUUUUGUCCUGCAGACAACCAGCAGCUGAGUAGUCAUCAAGAGGAACUUCCCUCUCAGCUGCAGUGGGUUGAUUCUCGCCUAAAGCAAGAGGAUCCACAGCCACCCCAAAUUAAAGAGGAAGAAGAGCAACUCUGGAUCACUCGAGAGGGAGGGCGUCUUCUAGCUGAUCUGAGCACUGAGGAUGAUGAAGAGAAACCACAACCAGACAAAUUCUUAGCUCCACUAUCAGUUAGUGAGGCUGAAGACGACGAUGAAGAACCUUUGAGCAGCGAUACAGACUGUGAAGGUGAUAUGAGGACUCACACUGACAACAAACAGUCUAAAUGUGCUAAAGUGAAACACCUGAGCUGCUCGGUCGGUGGUAAAAACUCUACUCACAAAAAUGGUUUGACCCAACAGAUAAGAACACACACAGGAGAAAAGCCAUUUGAUUGUCCAGUUUGCGGUAAAAGCUUUUUUCAAAGGGGCUAUUUGACUGGACACAUGAGAACACACACACGAGAAAGAUCAUUUAAUUGUUCCGUCUGUGCUAAAAACUUUACUCAAAAAAAUAGUUUGACUGAACACAUGAGAACACACACAGGAGAAAAGCCCUUUAAUUGUUCAGCUUGCGCCAAAAACUUCACUCACAGGAGCAGUUGGACUCAACACAUGAGAACACAUACAGGAGAAAAAACAUUUAAUUGUUCAGCUUGUGAUAAAAACUUUUCUCACCAGUCCAGUCUGAUUCAACACAUGAGAACACACACAGGAGAAAAACCCUUUAACUGUUCAGAAUGUGGUAAAAACUUCACUCACAGGAGCAGUUUGAAUCAACACAUGAGAAGACACACAGGAGAAAAACCAUUUAAUUGUUCAGCUUGUGAUAAAAACUUUACUCUCAAGAUCGGUCUGAUUGAACACAUGAGAAUACACACAGGAGAAAAACCAUUUAAUUGUUCAGUUUGUAGCAAGAGCUUUUUUCGGAAGAGCCAUUUGACUGAACACAUGACAACGCACACGGGAGAAAAGUCAUUCGAUUGCUCAGUUUGCGGUAAAAACUUCACUCAAAAAAGCAGUUUGACUCAACACAUGAGAACACACACAGGUGAAAAACCAUUUAAUUGUUCACUUUGCGAUAAAAACUUCACUCACAGGAGCAGUUUGACUCAACACAUGAGAACGCACACGGGAGAACAACCAUUUAAUUGUUCAGCUUGUGCUAAAAGCUUUACUCACAGGAGCAGUUGGGCCGGGCACAUGAGAACACAUACAGGAGAAAAAAAAUUCAAAUGUUCAAUUUGUCUUAAAGACUUUGCUCUCAAGAGCAGUUUGACUGAACACAUGAGAACGCACACAGGAGAAAAACCAUUUAGUUGUUCACUUUGCGAUAAAAACUUUAGUCAAAAGAGCAAUAUGGCUCAACACAUGAAAACACACACAGGAGAAAAAACAUUUAAUUGUUUACUUUGUGGCAAAAGCUUUUCUCGAAAGGGUAAUUUGAUGACACACAUGACAACACACAAGAGAAAAGACAUUUAACUGUUUUGUUAAUUGUUCGGUUUGUGAUAAAAGCUUCACCAAAAAGAUCCACUUCACAAACCACACGCGAGAGAAAAAAGCAUUUAAUUGUUUGGCAUGUGGUAAAGGCUUUUCUUUAAAGAAUAUUUUGACUGUACAUAUGAGAAACCAUAUGGAAGAAAAAUAACUGCUUAGUUCGAGGUCAAACAUUUUCUCAUAAGGCUAUUCUGACUACAUUUGAGAACACACACUGGAGAAAAAAACAUUUAAUUGUUCAGUUUGGGGUCCUGUUUUAUAAAUUUUUUUUUACAAUACAGAAUUUGUUUCAACACAAACAAACACAAUGGCCAAAAAACGUUCAGUUUAGUCUGCAAGCCUUUGUGAAACACAUCAUGAAAUGUCACAUGAGAAUGCACACGGGAGAGAAACCUAUCCCUGCUCAUUUUGUGGGAGGAGCUUUACUCAGAAGUCAAACAAACAUAGCAACACAUAAAAACGCACACACGAAAAAAACAAUCACUUAUAGGUAUAAAUAUGUGUUUAGGUGGAGACAGUAAAGGCAUGUAUCAUAUCAGUCUUCUACCCCACAAAAUCAACGCUCUGAGUGGUUGGAAACAAGACUUUUUGAGAGCGGGUCCCAGGGUAGGAAAGUCUGAUAAUUCCACUUUGUCUAUUCCGUGCAGAGAAGCUGUAAUGAUGCCUCCUUUCCGCCCUGUUGCCACACUGUCACGGUCACUUGAGUAGAGCUGCGGGCACUGAAUAUUUUAGAUAUCAAGUAUUCUAUGGAAUAUGACAAUCAAAUUUUCGAAUUAAUUCUAUUUUAGCUUUAUUAAGGUUUAAUUAAACGUGUUAAGAUGUGCCCUCAAUUAUUGUGUUUGGCCUUGUUGUCUUUUUUUCCCUAAACGCCAGUUUUGGAUUUUUAUUAUUGAAGGCUGACACACACAGCUGAAAUGCGUCCGUGGUUGAUUGUGCCAAUGUUUUAAUUAUACAUGUUAAGAUGUGCCCUCAAAUCACGUGUUUGCCUUAUUUUCUUUUUUUUUUACCUAAACCCCUGUUUUGGAAUUUCAUUAUUGAAGGCUGACACACACAGCUGCAAUGCGCCUGUGUUUAAUUGUGCCAAUGGUUUAAUUGUACGCAUUAAGAUGUGCCCUCAAUUAUUGUGUUUGGCUUUUUUGUCUUUUUUUCCCUAAACGCCAGUUUUGGAUUUUUAUUAUUGAAGGCUGACACACACAGCUGAAAUGCGGCCUUGGUUGAUUGUGCCAAUGUUUUAUUAUACGCAUUAAGAUGUGCCCUCAAUUAUUGUGUUUGGCCUUGUUGUUUUUUUUUCCCUAAACGCCAGUUUUGGAUUUUUAUUAUUGAAGUCUGACACACACAGCUGAAAUGCGUCCGUGGUUGAUUGUGCCAAUGUUUUAAUCAUACAUGUUAUGAUGUGCCCUCAAAUGUUGCCAAAUAUUGUGUUUGCCUUAUUUUCUUUUUUUUAACCUAAACAACUAUUUUGGAAUUUCAUUAUUGAAGGCUGACACACACAGCUGAAAUGCGUCUGUGGUUGAUUGUGCCAAUGGUUUAAUUGUACGCAUUAAGAUGUGCCCUCAAUUAUUGUGUUUGGCCUUGUUGUCUUUUUUUCCGUAAACGCCAGUUUUGGAUUUUUAUUAUUGAAGGCUGACACACAACUGAAAUGCGUCCGUGGUUGAUUGUGCCAAUGUUUUAAUUAUACAUUUUAAGAUGUGCCCUAAAAUCAUGUGUUUGCCUUUUUUCUUUUUUUUUUUACCUAAACCCCUGUUUUGGAAUUUCAUUAUUGAAGGCUGACACACACAGCUGAAAUGCGUCUGUGUUUGAUUGUGCCAAUGGUUUAAUUAUACGCGUUAAGAUGUGCCCUCAAUUAUUGUGUUUGGCCUUGUUGUCUUUUUUUCCCUAAACGCCAGUUUUGGAUUUUUAUUAUUGAAGGCUGACACACACAGCUGAAAUGCGCCUGUGUUUAAUUGUGCCAAUGGUUUAAUUGUACGCAUUAAGAUGUGCCCUCAAUUAUUGUGUUUGGCCUUGUUGUCUUUUUUUUCCUUAAACGCCAGUUUUGGAUUUUUAUUAUUGAAGUCUGACACACACAGCUGAAAUGCGUCCGUGGUUGAUUGUGCCAAUGUUUUAAUUAUACAUGUUAAGAUGUGCCCUCAAUUAUUGUGUUUGGCCUUAUUGUCUUUUUUUUCCCUAAACGCCAGUUUUGGAUUUUUAUUAUUGAAGUCUGACACACACAGCUGAAAUGCGUCCGCGGUUGAUUGUGCCAAUGUUUUAAUCAUACAUGUUAUGAUGUGCCCUCAAAUAUUGUGUUUGCCUUAUUUUCUCUUUUUUUUACCUAAACCCCUGUUUUGGAUUUUCAUUAUUGAAGGCUGACACGCACAGCUGAAAUGCGUCCAUGGUUGAUUGUGCCAAUGGUAUAUUUACAUGCGCUAAGAUUAGCCCUCAAUUAUUGUGUUUGGCCUUUUCUUUUUUUCCCUAAACCCCUGUUUUGGAUUUUUAUUAUUGAAGGCUGACACGCACAGCUGAAAUGUGUCCGUGGUCGAUUGUGCCAAUUUGUGUGUGCUAAUAAAAACAGGUGUGCUCACAAGCCCUCUGUGCCGUGUGGCGUGACCGCAUGAACCAA